CCGGAGAAAGUGUUUGCAUCGUUGUGAACGAUUCUUCGAAUCCCCGACCGAUCUCAUCUCUCCAUCUCUCGGCAAAGCAGUAAUCAAUCAAUGGAAGGAAGAGGCAGCUCUGAAAUCAUGGUAGUAUUAUUAAGAAGAAGAAGAAGAGGUCUUGGUCUUGGUCGAGGUCUUCUUCCAUUUGUUUCUUUAAUUUGUUUAUGCUUUCUCCUUCCUCCGGCCCUCGCCGUCGCAUCCGGGAAUGGAGAUGGUUAUACGAUAAAUGGCAGAGUCAAAAUUCCAGGUGCCAGCUCUCUGGGAUUUGCACUACCUGCAAAAACCUCAAAUGUCAAAGUCAUACUGAAUGGUGGUCAAGAAGUCACUUUUCUGCGGCCUGAUGGAUAUUUUUCUUUCCACAAUGUUCCUGCUGGGACUCAUCUAAUUGAGGUGGCCGCAAUUGGAUAUUUCUUUUCUCCGGUUCGAGUUGAUGUGAGUGCUAGAAACCCAGGUAAGGUUCAGGCAGCACUAACAGAGACUAGGAAAGGUUUGAGUGAGCUUGUGCUGGAGCCUCUAAGAGAGGAACAGUACUAUGAGAUAAAGGAACCCUUCUCCAUAAUGUCUAUAGUGAAAAGCCCAAUGGGUCUGAUGCUCGGGUUUAUGGUUCUCGUGAUGUUUGUAAUGCCCAAACUAGUAGAGAAUAUGGAUACCGAAGAAAUGAAACGAGCCCAAGAAGAAAUGAGAAAUCAGGGGGUUCCUUCUUUUUCAAGUUUGUUAUCCGGAGGCCAGCGAAGUAACUAAACACUUUAAUUUGAGAAGAACCAAAAACUUCUUGUUGUAACCGGAUUCAAAAUUGGAAAGGCGGGUUCUUGUGUUUUCGUUUCACGGUUAUUUAUCGCUGAAAAAGACUCCACUAAAGAAGUAAUCCUUAGUUUUUGUUCCGUUUUGCCCAAUAGUUUCUUGGUUAUUGCAUCGUGUUUUUUUGGAUUCGGAGUUUAUAAGCAAAAUUGUGAACAGCAAUUGUUGCCAAUUCUACUGGAAAACUCCAGAUGCCAUUAGCGUUUA